ACGACCAAUCAAAUUUAGACAGCUAUUCGGCUCCAUUGUUGACAGUUUCACCGGCAAACUGAAGUUCAUUCUUUCUCGAAUUCCUCGAGAUAGGAAGAAAAGAAUAUAUUUAGCAAUGGCUUCUGCAACUUUGUUUUUAUUGGUUGCAUUACCACUCUUAGUUUUAGCAGCUGACGAAAAGCCAAAAGGCCCAAAAGUAACAGAUAAGGUGUUUUUCGACAUUGAGAUUGGUGGCAAACCCCAAGGAAGAAUUGUUAUAGGAUUGUUUGGGAAAACUGUGCCCAAAACAGUGAAAAACUUUAGAACUCUUGCAGAAGGAAAAGAUGAGUCAUUAACUUACAGAGGGAGCAAAUUUCAUCGUGUGAUUAAAGAUUUUAUGAUCCAAGGUGGUGACUUUACAAGAGGGGAUGGAACUGGAGGUAGAAGUAUUUAUGGUGAGAAAUUUGCUGAUGAGAACUUUAAACUGAAGCAUUAUGGCGCCGGAUGGAUGAGCAUGGCUAAUGCUGGAAAAGACACAAAUGGAUCACAGUUUUUUAUCACAACAAAGAAAACAGAGUGGCUAGAUGGCCGUCAUGUUGUAUUUGGAAAAAUUCUUGAAGGAAUGAGUGUAGUGCGAAAGAUUGAAGGCACUUCAACCGGAGCUCAGGAUAAACCGAAGAAAGAUGUUGUUAUUGCCGAUUGCGGUGUUAUAGAAGUCGAAGAACCAUUUGCUGUGAAAAAGGCGCCUUCAGAAGAAUAAUUCAUCGAUCUUUAUUUAAUCUGUAUCUUCUGUUAAUACUUUAUAUUUAUGUGCUAUUACGUUAAAAAUAUUUUUCUCCAGGGGUCAGCUGCUAGUAUUUUUUAAGAACUUUUUUUAGGAAGCAUUUCUGUUGAUUUUGAUUAUUGAUAAAAAAGGGAUUUUUACUGUUUGAUUGUUCCUUAAACUAGUAUUAAAAUAUUACUGGUAUAUU